CCGUCCACCAGUCGGUCUUUCCACUUCCAGCCAGGCAGUUCUACAUGGCCUAAGCCAGCCAGCCAGUGCUGCUGCAGCCUACGCGAAGUACCCCUCCGGAGUAAGAGGUGUUCCGAGCUUCUUUCCUGCCUUCUUCGCCGAGGAGAAAUAUGGUUCCGAUCUAGGUGGCCGCGCACCGACUUCGAGGUUCGCGAGAGCACUUUUUGCCGUUACGUUACGCGAAGACGUGUUCGAUCUAGUGAGCAUCGCAGUGCAGUGCGCUGCAACAGCAGGCCUGCUUGGAUGCUAAUCCGCUAAUGGAGUCGCCCGCGAUCAAGAAGAAGUGUUCCGAGGCCAAGUGUUUGCCAAGAGUUAAGUGAUCCGUUUUUGGAAAUCGCAACGUGUAACACGCCAGCGAUCUUUGUUCUCGUACAGUGAGUUUAGCCCGCAACGUGAUCUUAAGUAACAACAGAAGCAAGCAUCCAGCACGUACCAAGUUCUGCCAGCAGUCGAACCCAGAUUGAUCUUGCCCGACAGCAGUGGUGAAUAUCAACGACCUUUCGGGCGAAGCUGUUCUCGCGAUCUCGACAACAACGGGAACCUGCUGUUGGCUUAAUCGAAGUGCCUUGUAUGUGAGUGUAUGCUUUGAUUUGCAGAAAGCAGGUUUUUCCAGCCUCUCUUCACUUCAUUCUUCAACGUUUUGUGUGUUAAUACACCCGGAUCGAUCGGUUUUGUUUCACGCGUGUGACAAGUGAAAGAAGAAAACGUCCAAGAAGCCAAAAGGUUCAUUGAGUUGCCUUAUCAAGAGAGUGCGGCACCCUACAACGCAAUCGCAACCAAGUCAACAAAGAUCAGAAGAAGGAAAACAACAACAACGGGGGAAAAAGUGAAAGAGUUGAGCCGAUCAAGUGUGCGUUGCAAACGCAGGAUCAUCUCUCAAAAGUCUGUGCGGGAAGUGAAAGAGAGCGAUCUAGAGUGCAUCGGCAGCUCGAAGAGGCUACUUGGAUCAGUUGGUACGGUUGGCGAGGAAAGAAGAUUGUUCCCGGUUUGUGAAUUCUGUACGGAAACGAAGGCUUUUGUAGCAAAGCUGCUGAAUUGCGGUCGUCGUCGGAUGUGGCAAUGGAUUGGAUGUGAAAACUAAACAAACAACAUGAACAAGCCACUCACCGUUCGAUUACCAACUCCGUGUCAAACAUAGCACCUGCCGGUCAACGGUGUGACGCUGCACCUGUAACCCUUUCCAAAGCUGCAAGAUGACUUCCGCAGGUGACGCGAACACCUUGCCAACAGUGGCAACGGACAAUCUGCGGCACUUUUGCACGCUGCGGAAAAGCAAUUUGAACGGCAAUGCUAACGAUGGCCAUCGUCAUCUCCGGACGGAAGGGACCUCCACGUCGUCCAGCGGCAAUUCCAGUGCCGAUGCCGACCGGAUCGGACGGUUCUGUACGGUACGCGGGACCAAGGUCAUCAUGGGGAAUGUGAACGGUGGUCAGGUUGGGGCUUCCGGGUACGAGGGGAACAGUGACGAGGUGAAUCGAAAUUUGCUGUACGAGGAAAACAUGUGCACGUUUGAGAAUUUCUGCGAGAAGAGCUUGGAGCAGCAGCAGGGGGAAGAUGGUGAAACCGCCGGCAGUGAAAGUAUCGAGAAUUUCUGCACGCUUCGCAAGAAACGCCCGCAGAAACCGGCCGCUGGGAGUGGGUCAAGUGAUGUGCACGAAACGUCUCUCGUUGAUGGUCAUGGUUCGACUUCUGAGGCUGGAGUGGGAGGCUAUUGUACGCUGAAGAAGAAGAAGCUCAAGUUGAACCAACGGUUCGUGGAGAGCUUCCUCGAGGAUCCAAAUGCCAAGCUGCACGAUUAUCUGUCCGAGCUGGACGCGUACCUGGACGAGAUCGAUGGGUUGGAUUCGUACGGUGAAGAAGACGACGAAGACGAAGACGCCGCGCCCAAGGAAGAAUCGUCCGUAGACAGUGAGCCUGAAGUGACGGGUGAAGAUGCCACUGUGGAUGAUGUUGUGUUCAAAAAGUGCGAAGAUCAAAUCAGUUACAUCGAUGUGAAGAAUUUCUGCACGCUGCCCAAGAAAAAGCGGGUGCAGUUUCUAAGCGCUAUCAAUCGUGGUGGCCCUCUGAGGAGGACCUUUGACGGCGGCGCCAACGGCAGGAGCGGUGGCCUUAUUAGGCGUGAAGUGAUCGCCGAGGCCGAUGAAUCAUCGGCAGCGGGUCGUGACUCAGCGGUCGACGUAACUCCUGGGGACGAACCUACCUCAACGGCGACGCUCGACCGACGGUCCGGUCCACCGCGACGCACUUCCACGUGGCUGCGCAACUCCAUGCGAAAGACACGUCCCAUCGAUCUUCCGUCCAUGGUCCAGCAGCAGCAGCCUGACUCCCUCAUCACAUCGCCAACCUUCGCCGAAUGCCGAAACAGUAUUAUCGACCCGACUACCUCGGGCACCAGCAACAGCCACACCGCCCACGCCUCACCGUACUCGACGGAAUCACUCUCGCUGCAAUCCGUCCCCAGUGGCAGCAGCUGCGGAACGUCGCUGGACCACAUCGAGGAUCACAACGAGCUGAGCUCGAUUGCGACGCUUCCCGUGUCCGAUCUGGAACUGUCGGAGCAAACCAAAGCCGAUUCCGAAGCGAGUGGAAGUCACGUUUCCACGGGGGCGGGGGCACCAAUCACGGAAGAUGAACUCAUUCCGUACCUGGUGUCGGCAUCACUCUGUGAACGCGAACCACCGCGGCCCCUCGAAACGAACCUGGACAGUCCCACGCAAACGAGCCAGCGACCACGGCAAACCGGACGCCGGUCCGAGGUUCGACCCCGAGUGGUGUCCAUUACGGCGGAACGUGAUGCCACCACGAACCAGCUCAUCAUCCGGACCAACAGCGUUCCGGCGGCUGCGUCGUCCAGGGCGAGUUCACCGCCACCACUUUACAGGACAACUUCGACCUCGACUAGCGACUCACAUCACCCUCAUCACAAUGUACAGCAAUUUAGCAACAACAACAACAGUCAUCACCACCAGCAACAUCAUCAUCACGAUCAUCAUCGGUACGGGGGCAUGGGAUCGGAAACGAGUUCGAUCGGAUCGUCGAGGAAUCCCAGCCCGGUGUCGCUUCUUUCCACGACGACGUUUAGUUCGAUUGCCUCUGGGGUGGACACGGACCGGUCCCGUUCGAGGCCGGACGAGGAUGGUCGCGAUGCGGGAGGGGCGAGUUCGGUUGGAGGUGGAGCGGAAUCGACGACGGCCACGAGUACGAACGCGACCACUACGAGGAACGGGUCGUUUCACUCGGCGACCAUCAUGAGCGGCGGUCACGAAGACGGCGAUGAGACGGACACUUCGGACGAGGAGGAUUCCGAGCCGGAAAUGGACCGGAAUGGGCGGCCAAAGCCGAUGUGGCCACACGUGGUUUCGCGGGCGAUGGCGACCAGCUUUUGUGCGCUAGGACUUUUCAACAUUUCGCGAUUCGCCAUUUUUUGCAUUCACUUUGGCGCUAAUUUUAUCGUGCAAUUCCUGAUUUUUUCGUUCCUGUUUGGCAUUCCGAUGCUGUGGCUGCAAAUGGUGCUUGGGGCGAGGAUUCGUGGCGGACCGGUGACCAUGUGGCGCAUCAGCCCAAUCUGCAAGGGCAUCGGAAUAGCCCUAAUCCUUACCCAGGGCAUAAUCGCCCUCUACUCGGCCAUCUCGCUCAGCUGGGUUCUGGUCUACUUCCGGGAUUCGUUCGUGUCGCGAAGUGAAAAGUACCGCUGGCAGGAGAUCUUCGAACUCUACCGAGGUCCGGGCAACCAAUCGUUCCGCCUCUCGGACACCGUCGCCGAUUACUUCAACGGCGUGGUCCUCCAACGCUACCAACUGGGACCCGGCGGCCGUGGCGUUACCGGAAUAGGGGCCGUUCGUUUCCAGCUAGCGUUCAACCUGGCCAUCAUCUGGACCUUCGUGUUUGUCGUCCUCUGCAAAGGAAUCCGCUCCUUCGGCAAGAUCGUAAUCGGCCUGUACUCCCUCGCCAUGACCGGCCUGAUUGCGAUCUGCUUCAAGUUCCUGACGAUGGUCAACUACGACAGCCUGCAGAGUCUGUUCCCCGCAACCGAGUGGCAAGACUUUUUCCUAAAUUCGCGCAGCUGGAUGAGCGCGGCCCAGGAAACGUUCCUCACCUGGGGACUGCUGGGAGUUUCGGUGUAUUCGAUCAGCUGUCGGACAAACAGAAAGGGUGGCCCGCGGAGAACACGCCGGGAGCUGCGACGGGACGCGCUGGUGGUGGUGGUGCUCACGCUUGCCGGACUGAUGCUGGCGGCCGUGUUCGGGAGUGCCUGCGUGCAGAUACUGAACAGUCGAGGGUACUACUACUUUCCGGGUUCGUACGAGAACAUCGGCACCGACAUCUUCCUGCUUCCCUCGGACCAACCGCUGCCCCCGCAGCACGCCACCAUGCCAACCAAGUGGCUCAUCCGCUACUCGAUGGUCCUGGGCGAAAGCUUCAAGCGUCCUUACGCCAACCCCCACCAGGAAAGUGGCUACCACGUGCUACGGCUGGUGACGGAACUGCUCCCAUCGACGCUGGCGGCCGCUACCCAGGAACGGAUCGGGCCCAUUUGGAGCUUAAUCGGGUUUCUGACGCUGCUGCUGUUCGGGCUGGGUCAGCUGUGCGCCAUGUGGAAACCGAUUGCCGGUGCGAUCGGGGACUCGCCGUCGUCGAUCGUGCUGAGCUGCGUGACCGGGCUGUUUAUGGGCAUUCCGUUGGCCACCGAGAGUGGCAUUACGAUUAUUCACUACCUGGAAACGGUGCUCGGUGGGGCGUGGUGGAUUCUGCUGCUCUGGAUUGGCCACAUUUUGGCGAUAUUCCUCGUGCGAGGGCGACCUUAUACCAGUGAUCUCCUCGUGAACGACCUCCGGCUGACGCAAUCGCUCGGGGCGUUCAUUGCGUUUGCGUGGAACUUUCUGCUUCCGAUUGGCAUGAUCUUUCUGUGCAUUUUGGAGUAUCGCGUGUCCAAUGCCAACUCGCUGUUCAACUGGAAGCACGGCGGCUACUGGCCGUUGUGGGCUCGCCAGGUCGGCGGAUUUAUCCAGGUGGCGUUUCUUCUGUUGGUCCCCAUCGUGACCGUGGUACAAAUCUACCGCUAUCUUAGCAAGGGACCUCCCGAUAUUCUGGAGCGCUUUGACCGAUUGCUCCGUCCUUCGAUCAACGGCUCGCACGGUGCGUCCUCGGUAAUGGGACGGAUGGCCUACGGGGCACGACCUGCUCCGCCGCUCCCCGUACGGACCAUCAACAAUUCGGGCUCGACGAUGAUUUCGCUCGAGUCGCGACCACCGCAGGACGACGCACCGCCCAAGUACACGCCGCCACCGUCCUACACCACAGCAACGGGAGCUCGGAUCGCAAAGAUGCUCCGGAACAGCAUCCGGCGGAGUGUCAGAAGAAUCAUGGGGGAACCGAGUGGCAACCGUCAGCGAGGGGCCAUCAUCACCACCCAGCAGCAGCAAACCAACUCGGCGAACCCGGCCGGGGACGAACUCCCGCCUCCAGAUUACUCAUCGAUCCUCACCGACGUGACCCAUCCCGGCGGCGGCCCCAACCUGACCGGCAUCGAGAUGGGCCCGCGCGUCCUAUACAACAGCGAAACGCUCAGUGGCCGUCGUCGGCACCGUUCGCUGACGCCCCACUCGCCGAACCUGACCGCCACCGACGUGCUGCAAAUCCUGCGUCCGGCAACGGUGACCCUCCCGCCGCAGAACGGGUACGGCAACGUGACGCUGUCGCGGCGCCACUCGAUUGGCAGUUCGGUAGAAAAUCUCGUCCUCGGAGCGGCCCCCAUCGGUGACUCGAGCAUCAUCACGCUGGCCGUCGAGGAAGACCCCGAGCAUGGGCGGAACCGCGUUGGCAACGAUUCUGUGAUAUAGUGAGGCGUAGUAAAAGACAUGCUAAGAGAGAGAGAGAGAGAGUGCCUAAAUACGCUUCUUUACCCUAUCAUCACUACAAACUAUGCAAAAAAGCAAACUACUUCUAUUAGUUCAGCAAUGAUUCAAUAAGUCUUAAUAAAUGCUAAACUCAACAACCAUGGGUAGAAGCCGUUUAUUUAUUCAAAUUGAGAGCACAUAUUAGUGGAACCACGCGUUUUCUUUCUUCUGUACAGUCUCUGUAGGACUAAAUUAGAGCUAGGAUUUUGUGCAAACAAACGGUAACGAAUGAGCGCUAACUUAUAUAAAAAAAAACAAAAGCUUGAUGAGGAGAUUUUUCUAGCCCUUAAGCACCACUCAAUUUAAAAGUGUAACGUGUACAUCAUACCGCGGAGUCCGUCCAUGGAAAAGGAAGCAGAAGUAUAAAAAUUAUACGGUAAUAAAAUGUAAAGUGCAAAACUUAAA